AUGUCAAGCAUUGUUUUCUCUGAGAUCGGCUGGGACCAAGGUUUUGCCUUCCCUGUAGCAAACGCUGAAAACAAGGCGUUGGAAGAGGAGCCCUUUGGAACGUUGCAGCUUCAAGGGAAACAAAAAGACAGGGAAGAAGUGAAGAACGAGAUCAGUGAGCACAAAGACAGGAUCCAAGCCAUUUCAGCAUUUCUGAAAAAUGUAAAACAGGAGCUGUCUCACACCCAGGCCCUUUGUGUGGCCCUGGGAAAGGAGGCAGAGUCUGAGGUGCAUUUCAAGGCCGUGGCAGAUCGGGAGCUGGGCCACCUGGAGCAGGAGAUUGUAAAACUCGACAAGGAGAUGGAUGUUCUGAAGAUUAGGAAGGAAACACAAGAGAAUGACAUCUCCAGAGCCAACGAGAAGAUGGGGAAGCUGAUGAGCCAGCUGAACUGGGAUAAGGUCACCUUGGAAGCCUGGCUGGAAGAAUCCGCCCAGAAGGAUGAAGACACCAUCGCCAUCCUCAAAUAUGUCCAACAGGACAAAUGCAAGAUAAAGGAGCUGAUUCACGCAGUUGAUAACAGUACUGUUGAGGCCAACCAGAAGCACAAGACCCUGGAAACCGAACACACCAGGACAAUAACAGUGCAGAUCGGGCUGGAGAAGACUUUAGAGAGUUUGCGUAAAGCUCACGUCGAGCGGCAGGCACUCAUUCGCCAGUGGGAGAGCACCAUUGAGCAAAUGAGGAAGAGAGACCAUGAUCUGCAACAGUGCAUAAUGCUGCUUCCUGAGAUGCACCAGGAGGUCCGGUAUAGGAAGGACACGAUCAAGGAGAGGAAGAUGUUCCUGGAGAGGCAGCUGGAUAACAAUGCCGAGUGCGAGAGGAAAGGCCUGAACGUGAAGCGACUGGCAACGAAACUGAGGGGGGAGUUCCAGAAGAGGGAGGGCGACCGUGCUCGCGUGCUGGACGAGUUUGUUAGCUUGAGGGUCACAGUGGAGCGGAUGGCUACGGAUGUCGAGGCUAAGAGGUCCCAGCUGGGCAGCAUUAAAAAGGACAUCCACAGCAAGCAUACCAAGAUGAACGCCAUCAAGCUCCAAAACGAGGCUCUGGGGGAGAAGCUCCAGGCGGUGACGGAGACGGUGCUCAGCGCCGAUGAGAGGGCCACCCAGAUGGAGCAGAUGCUAAAGGAAGAGGAACAGAACAAAAGCGAGAUCGAGGCCCACGUGCAUCGGCUGCGGAUGGCACAGCCCCACGUGACCCAAGAGCUGCAGGCGCAGACGGCCAGGGAGAAGGUGAUGCUCGCGGACAUCGCCGCCAGCCGGGUCGCCCUCAACACCCUCAUCAUCGAGCGCAACAGAGCGGAGCAGACGUCGCUGAAACAGCAGGAGAUGAUCAACGGCAAGGACUUCCAGAUCCAGUUGCUAGAGAGGAAGAUGGUGUGCGCAAAGGUGGAGGAGAACAGUUUGCAGAGGCAGGUCCUGCGGACGGAAGAGAUUAAGCUGGUGCAGAGCGCGGAGCAGGAAAAAAAGACUGUGCACAUGCUGGGCCACCACCUGAAAAGACUUCAGGUUGAGAUCAGCAUUGUGAAAAAGGUGUCUGAGAAGAACGAGUCGGAGAAGAAAGAUCUGACCGUGAAGAGCGAGGAGCUGAACCUAGUCAAUGACACGUGCAUCAAGGAACUGAAGAAGCUCAGAUCCAUAAAGCAGGACACCAUGGUGGAUAGCUAUAUUCUUAAACUGGAGGUGCACCGUCUGAGCACCAUUCUGCAGAACAAGGCAGACAGGGUCCUGUCCCUGGAGAAAGAGAAGCUGCAACUGCAGGCAGCCAUGAAGGAGGGGGAGGCGGAGGUUAACGUCCACAAAGAGGUGCUCCAAAAGCAGUUCAAAAUGGUGGAGCAGGAACGCCAAGCCCUCAGCUUGGAGAUGAAUGACAAACUGUUGAAAAUGGACAAGUUGAGGAAAAGGUAUGAGAUCAUGAUUCUGUCCAUGGAAUCCCCUGACGGAGAAGGCUGGUCUCCUGAAUAUUACCUGAUCAAGAUAGAAAAAGAAAAGGAAGAGCUCCAACGCAUGGGGAAUGAACUGGAUGCAAAAAUCUAUAAGAAAGAGGAAGAAAUUCAGGCUCUGGAAAACACCCUGUAUGGCAUCUAUAUGCGCAACGUGGAGUACCGCAGGGCAUUCAACAACAUUGCCAAGUGGAGCAAGGAACACCAGCAACAGCUGAGGCUGGAGAAGGAGAAGACGAUUGCAGAGGAGAAAACUGCUCACAGGAGACUGCAAGUCAGAGAACGCCAAGAGGACAUUCGGGGCAUGAAUGCCACCCUGGAGAACCUACUGAAAGAGGAAACUGAGCAACUUGAAAGUAGAGAAAAGAUCCAGUUUCAGAUUGACUGUCUAAAGAAAGACCUGGGAAACCAGAAAGUGAAGUUGGGCAGGGUUUCCAAGCAGUGCUCCAAACUGUCAAGGGAGAUUCGGUCAAACAAUGACAGUCAGGGUAAGACCGACGAAGAGCAAGACAUUGAAGUCCGUGAGCUGAAGGACUUCAGCAAGCAAGUCAACAGCAUGCUGCAAGAGGCAAUUAAGGAAAACCCUGACCUGAGUUCAGCACUGGAGAGGCAGUUCCAGGAGGCCAACGUGCCCCUACCAGCGGCAUUGUCUAGGCCUCCUAGCCAGCAGUGUUCAAGGACAGUGUCCAUUCGCAACUCUACAUCUGUCAGGUCAUCGGUCUCCGCCGGCAGCAACAGCCUCCGGAGUUCGGCGAAGCAGUUCCCCCACCUGAAGAAGGUGGACCUGGGCCUGCAGCUCAACGUGACCAGCCCUCGCGACUCCAACAUGUCUCCACGCAGCUGCAAGAGGGACUGCUCGAGCAGCGGCAGCAUUAACUCCCAGCCUUAGGUUCCAUGGGCUACAGGCAAAGGAUCAUGGUCCUGCUGAGUCUGUUGUGAUGUCUUCAAAGAGCAGAUCUAUUCGCAUUGUCAUGCCUGUUUACAUGGAACCCUACUUGUUAGGGUGGAUAACGUUAUUGAGGAUGCUUGUUCUUUAAUGUGCAGUGAUAGUGUUGUAGUGUGACUGGUUUACAAGAAGUACUGUUCUCUUUUUUCUUUCAAAUCAAAGUUAUUUAAAAUAUAUGAAUAUAUAUAUGAAUAUAUAAAGCUGGUUGCAGGUUGUUGAUUGGGUGAGUGAGCAAAACCAGAUGCAGGUUGUUGACAAUUAAUUAUUUUCAAAAAGUUGUUUUGUUCAGUUCUUGUGAUAAAGGACACAAGAUUGCACAGAUUGUAUUUAUUCCUUUGAAUCACUUUAAUAAAGGACUUUUAUUUUCAGUCACUAGAGGGUGCAAUGUGAUCUACUCAGUGAUUACUACAGGCAAAUGAAUUAACUUUACAACACAGGACAAGCUUUGCAUAAUUAUAUGAUGUCCUUAAAAGAGGCUAAAACAACCAUAAACAUAUUUGUUGCUAGGCACAGACCUUGUUCAUUGAUACCAUUUUAUUGUGCUGUUUAUUCAAUGGGUGCUGCUAUGUUCAGAUAUGACUUCUGUACUUUCCUAUGAUGUCAGCCAGCAGGUUAGAUCAGGUAUUAUCUAUUACUAUAAAGUUGCAGAUUUAACAGAUUUGACAUCAACCUAUAUGUUAAUCUAUAUCAGAAAAAUACAGUUUCUGUGAUCUUGUUAGUUUCCUAUCCAAUUUCGUGUUAGAUUAAAAGGUGAAUUUUAGUAAUUAAUGUUCUGCAUAUUAUAUUCAAUAGUACAAGGGACAAAAUAUGAAGGAGAUGCACAGUGAUUACAAAUCUUGCCAGCUCAGGUACGUAGCAAGAUAAUGAAGUGUUAUUUUUGUGACACCAUUACAUGAAUUGCUUUAAAUUACAUCAUGCUUAGCCCUGACUUUAAAAAAUUUAUUUAG